AUGGCCAACGCUGCGCCGCUGGUGGGCUGCGCCGUGGUGGGCCUCGUGGUGGCCGGCCCCGUGGGAGCUGUCGUGGGUGGAGUGCUGGGCGCCGUGGUGGGGAACAACGUCGGCCGCAAGCAAGUUAUGGACAGCCUCGGGGUCACGGGCAUCCGGCUGCCGCGCGAGGGCGUGAUGGUGAUCAAUGGCACGACUUUCUUCACGGUGGAGGUCAGCCACGCCACGCGCGGGACGACAAAGGUGCUGCGACGGUACAGUGAGUUCUACAAUCUGCAGAGGAGAGCCCGGGUGCGCUACCCCUUCCCCCCCAAGCUCUGGUCCGACUGCUCGGGCCACCGCCUGGAGCAGCGCCGUGCCGGCCUUGAGGCCUGGCUCUCUUAUGUGUCACUCCGCUUCUCGCACUAUGGGGUGCCGAAUGCCUUGCAAAACGAAAUGAACAGCUUCCUCUUCCACAACGCUCAGACCGUGCAGCCGGCGCACUUCGUGCAACCCGAUGCCGCUGCGGGGUAUGUGGCGCCGGCGGCGGCGGCGCCGAUGGCGCCGCCAGCAUCGCAGCACCCGGCGCCGGUGCCACCGGUGCCACAGGUGCCACCGGUGCCACAGGUGCCACCGGUGCCACCGGUGCAGCAGCAAGUCCUGCUGAGCAUCUCCGUGCCCGACGGGGUGGUGGCAGGACAGGCUGUUGCCGUGAAGCUUCCGGACGGCCGAGAGCUCACCAUCACAGUGCCGCCAGGGGCAGCAAAAGAGAUCCAGGUAGUCUAUGACCCCAGCUCCGCCCAGCUCAGCCUUGCGGGACAGCAGCCGGCUCCGGCUCCCCAAGACCCGGCAGGCACCCCAGAGAUCUUCGCCAUCCAAGUGCCCAUGGGCAUUGUACCCGGACAGGAGUUGCAGGUCGUGGUGCCCGAUGGGCGGCAGCUCAACAUCACCUUGCCCCACGGCAAGCAGCCAGGUGACGAGUUGCGAGUGCGAGUGGAUGCCGGGCGCUUGGUUCUGGCAUGA